AUGGACGGCGCGCGCGUCCCGGGGGGCGCCGGCGCGGGGCCCGCGGGCAACCGCAGCGCCUGGGGGGCCAACGCCAGCGGGGCCGCGGGGGCGCGCGGGCCGGGCGCGCGGGGCGACGAGCGCGACGAGGAGCUGGCCAAGCUGGAGGUGGCCGUGCUGGCCGCCACCUUCGCCGUGGCCGUGCUGGGCAACGGGGGCGUGCUCCUGGCCCUGCGGCGCUCCCCGCGCAAGGCGCCGCGCAUGCACCUGUUCAUCCGCCACCUGAGCCUGGCCGACCUGGCCGUGGCCUUCUUCCAGGUGCUGCCGCAGCUGUGCUGGGACGUCACCUACCGCUUCCGCGGCCCCGACGGGCUGUGCCGCGUGGUGAAGCACCUGCAGGUGUUCGGCAUGUUCGCGUCGGCCUACAUGCUGGUGGCCAUGACCGCCGACCGCUACAUCGCCGUGUGCCACCCGCUCAAGACGCUGCAGCAGCCGGCGCGCCGCUCGCGCCUCAUGAUCGCGGCCGCCUGGGCGCUGAGCCUCGUGCUGAGCGCGCCGCAGUACCUGGUCUUCUCGCUGGUGCAGGUGGACAACGCCACCGGGACCUACGACUGCUGGGCCACCUUCGUGCAGCCCUGGGGGCCGCGCGCCUACGUGACCUGGAUGACGGGCGGCGUGUUCGUGGCGCCCGUGCUCGUGCUGGGCACCUGCUACGGCUUCAUCUGCUGCCGCAUCUGGCGCAACGCGCGCGCCAAGGCCGCCUCGCACCUGCGCGCCGGCGCCCCCGACGCGGCCCCGGGCCGGGGGCUGCUCGAGCCCCGCGUCAGCGGCGUCGGCACCAUCUCGCGCGCCAAGAUCCGCACCGUGAGGAUGACCCUGGUGAUCGUCAGCGCCUACGUCGCGUGCUGGGCGCCCUUCUUCGUCACGCAGAUGUGGUCCGUCUGGGACGAGACGUCCGUCUGGGUCGAGUCAGAGAACCCGGUCGUCACCAUCACUGCCUUGCUGGCUUCCUUGAACAGCUGCUGUAAUCCCUGGAUAUACAUGUUUUUCAGCGGCCAUCUCCUCCAAGACUGCGUCCAAAGCUUCCCGUGCUGCCAAAGCGUGAAGCAAAAAUUCCACAAAGAAGAUUCCGACAGUGUGAGCAGAAGACAGACGACGUACACCAACAACCGGAGCCCCAGCAGCAGUGUGCGUGUGUGGAAGGACUCGCCUAAGUUCUCCAAGUCCGUCAGGUUCCUGCCUGUUUCGGCCUGAGCUGGGGGUUCCUGCGGCCUGACUCUUGCCGUGGGCAUUUGGCCCCUGGGCUCCAUGCAGCGAGGAAGCCAGAACAGAUGAACUUACAGAAGAUGCGCCUAGAUCGAGUCCCUGGGGCGAGACCGGGUUUCUAGCUGCACUUUCGCACUGCUGUGAGCCAAGCUAUGAAUUGUUUUGUACAGAAUGUUAAUAAAAACACACUGUGCUGAAAAGUGCGGGCCUCGUUUCCAGAAAUACAGCCCAAGUUAUAUUUGUA